AUGAUCGACACGCACACUUCGCUCCAGCCUUCUACCACUCGCGAGUUCAUUGAAAUGGACGACUCGAGUGUCGCAAGGCCGCCCUCGAGGCAGAGGCUGCUGGAGUCUCAAGAUCAGCCUCCGCAGGCGAAGCUUGUCGGCAUGGCCAGGCAUACCUUUGGGUUGAUUCUACUCCUGUGUGUCGUGUUUCUAUGGACUUUGUCCAACUUCCUGGGCAGUAGCAUCUUCGCCGACAACACGUACGCCAAACCGUUCUUCCUAACCUACCUCAACACCUCCAUGUUCAUGCUGGCCAUGAUCCCUACCCUUCUUCGGUCGGCAUAUAGAAACCGGAAAAAGCACAGCAACAGCAGCCUGUACAGAACCAUGCGUGCGGCGUUCUCCAACAAGGAAAGCUAUAGACCUCUGUACAAUGGCGGUAGCGGUAUGUUAGACUCGGAAGACGCAGAGACGGAAAGCUUCAUCGGACCAACAAAGUCCAUAACCGAUCGGGAGCCCGAAGUGGCCGAGAAGGACAAACAUCUUGGGAUUGCUGCAACGGCUCGCCUCUCGCUUGCGUUCUGCUUUCUUUGGUUCGGCGCCAAUUACUUUGCCAUGGCCUGUCUACAACACACGACCGUGGCAUCAACCACCAUCCUAACCUCGACGUCCAGUUUCUGGACCUUGCUCAUCGGCGCCUUCACAGGCACGGAGAAAUUCACGUGGCGGAAGUUCUGCGGUGUCCUGGGUUCGUUGGUCGGCAUCAUGCUCAUCUCCCGCGUCGACCUCACCAAGGGCGGCGAUGACGGAGUCCCCCUUCCCCCAGAUGACCAGUUCCCCGACAAACCGCCGUCGGAGCUUGCGUUGGGUGACGCCCUGGCUCUGCUGUCGGCGAUCAUCUACGGCGUGUAUACCAUCACUCUGAAACAAUCGACUAUCAAGGCACUACCACGCUCGCUCAACAUGCCACUGUUUUUCGGUCUGGUCGGAACGUUCAACUUGAUCUUGUUGUUCCCCAUGUUCCCGAUCCUCCACUAUACAGGCUUGGAGCGGUUUGAACUGCCACCCACGCAAUGGGUGUGGACGAUCUUGUUGACGAACAGCAUCAGCAGUCUGUUCAGCGACAUCUGCUGGGCGUACGCUAUGGUUCUGACCAGUCCGUUGCUGGUCACUGUUGGCUUGAGCCUGACCAUUCCCCUUAGUCUGAUCGGCGAGAUGGUUCUGCAGGGCCACUAUGAAGGCUGGCUCUACUGGGUCGGGGCGUUUGUCGUGGUCAGCAGUUUUGUAUUCGUCGAUCACGAGGAGAGAGAAGAGGAGGCGGGGGAUGCGAACGCACCAGCCCUUUCGUUGCCUGAUGAUGUCGAGAGCGGAGAUCACACGCUUGAUAUCGGCCGUGCUGAUACUGGUGGAGUCGCCAGCCCUGCCACCGCAAGUGAUGCAACCACGGUGACGGACUAUCCUAAAAGGCAAGGCGCUGCCGUCGGACAGUCCUCUGAAGGACAAAAAGUGCAAGGCCACAGAAGCCUCUGGGAUAGGCUCCGGUCCGGCGGCGGCAGCGGCGGCGGCGGAUGGGCAUCCAGCGAUGAUAACGAUGAUGAUGACUUCUUGGACAGUAGCGAUUCAGACUAA